CGAGAGCAGCUUUACCGGUUUCUCGCAAAAGCUUUUGAGAGCAAAAUAAUGGCAUUUGCAACAAGAAGUUUGAGAAUUUUUUGUAAAUUAUACAAUGGCAGUGGAAAAGUCACUUACUCAACGCUACGUAAACCAAUUAUCCAAGUGAAUUUAAUUCGUGCAGCUCAAAAAUACAACUAUUCGAGCCAAACUGAUGCACCCAAAAUCACUGGAAGCUUAACAAAUAUCCAGUCCUCAACUUCGCCCACAUUGUCCCAAGGCUGCCCAAACAAAAAUGAUCAGAAGGAUGAUAACACUAGUGCUGAGGAUGAAGAGGCACAGAAGCAAAGGGAGCAAUCCUGGAAGAUGAUGAAGUGGAGUUUCAUAUUGUUUGGUGUAUCAAUGUCGAUGGCUGGUGGUGUUAUUAUCUAUGAGUUAGCCAGGCCGAGUUACGACGAGAACGGAAACAUCGUCGAGGAUGAAUUCUCGGGCUUACCGUUCCCUCAGAGGGUCUGGAAAAGAUUAUGCAGAGAAGUCAACUACUACACAAAACUUGUUCAAGAACCCAGUAGAGACAAGUUACUACCAGAUCCACUGAAGUAUCCAUACAUUCAACCACCUUAUACUCUAAUUUUGGAAAUGACAGAUGUUUUGGUUCAUCCUGAUUGGACAUAUCAAACUGGAUGGAGAUUCAAGAAACGUCCAGGUGUAGAUCAUUUCUUAGAAGCUCUAGCUUCACCUCAUUUCGAAAUUGUAGUCUACACAGCAGAACAAGGAAUGACUGUUUUUCCAAUCUUGGAUUCACUUGAUCCCCAAGGCUGUAUAACGUACAGGCUAUUUCGUGAUGCCACACGAUUCAUUGACGGUCACCAUGUAAAAGACCUAGACGCUCUCAAUCGUGAUCUCAGUAAAGUAAUCGUCAUAGACUGGAAUUCCAACAGUAUAAAACUGCACCCGGAGAAUGCUUUGAAAAUUCCUAGAUGGACAGGUAACGAUGACGACACAACUCUCUAUGACUUGGCAGCCUUCUUGAAAACAAUCCUCGCCACCAACGUCCAGGACGUCCGAGAGGUGCUGAACUACUACAGACAAUUCGAGGAUCCCCUCGCUGCGUUCAGAGAAAACCAGCGCAAAUUAUUGCAACAAAUACAGGAGGAUGAGACUCACAAAGCCCAAAUGGAAAGCACAAGAGCCUUAACGUCACGAUGGUCUCCCUCGUUUUUACGUUCUCAUUAGGUACUACUUUCGAUGAAUUAUUUAAUACCAGAAUUGCAUUGUGGUAAAUUCAAUUUGUGUUU